AUGUCCAAGAAGGAUGUGGCGUGUUUCUGGAUCGUACUGCUCCUGUGCCAAGAGCUACGGACCGACCCGAUCGCAGAGAUGGGACCAUCCUCCGGCAUCCUGAUUCAAGAGACACCAGGGUUCAUCUUAACAGAGAAGAGGAUCCUGACCAGACGUGUGUUCGUCAGCUUGGACCCCAAGAUUUCCAUUGAGAAGGCAUACAACAUUUCAUCGAUGCAGCUUCCUGAGUUACGGACUUGGUACCAGAUGCACCUCCAAAGAGCACAGGACCGUGUGCGAAACAUCUUGGAGCAAGCCCGGAAACCAUUUGUAUCCAGUACUAUUUCGAUGAGCAACCGACCCAAAAGGUUCCUCACCGCCAUAAUUGUUGCAUUAGUUUGUGCCACUGUCGGUGCAGUUGUCGCAACUGGAAUGUCUGCAGCCAACUCUAUUACUGUCCAAAAGCUGGAUAUGGAAAUCUAUGCGCUAAAGCAACACAUUAACGAUAUUCAUCAGGUGAUACAACAGCAAAGAACACUUCUCCAAGACGUGUUAACUAUUGUGGAAGACACAGUUGUUACAACAAAUUUGCAUUCAGAGUUAAUUGCCAAAUCCACUGAGUUGCACCAAAGUCAUGACUUAUUCAAGCGUGAACUUUUAUUUCUGCAUGACCCAAUACUGUUCCACACACUUGCUUUUCUUGACGAAGUGCAAACUGGAAUGAUCGAAUUGGCAGGGGGACGCAUACCUCUGUACUUUGUAUCCAAGGAUAUUGUUCAUGCGAUGCUUGCCAAUGUGGAUGGAGAGACAAUUGAGCCUAUGCAAUUAAAUCUGGCCUUUGAGAUGGGGAGCGCUAUACCUCUCUUAAUUAAUCCGGAACGUAUGGAGAUUUGCUUUUUAUUGGCCAUACCAUAUGUAACUCCCAAAGACAUUUUUCAAAUGAAAACAAUGUACUAUGUAAUAAUGAUAUUAUGGUUGAAAACUUUUACAGGUACAAAUAUAUACAAAAAUGUUCAUUCCACGCACGGGCCUAUGUUAGAAAUGAUGUGA